AUGCAACGUGCCCGUGAAACUGGCCUGAAGUUCAACAUAGAGAAAUGCCAAAUUAGAUGCGAAUCUAUACCCUUCUUUGGUCAUGUUGUUGGUGCAGAUGGUCUUCGGCCUGACCAGAAGAAGGUUGAGGCUAUUCGUUCCAUGGAUCCGUCAAACAAUGUUGCUGACCUUCGAACAUUUCUUGGUAUGGUGCAAUUCCUGAGUCGCUUCGUACCAGAUUUGGCGACAUUGGCAGCAGACCUAUGGGCACUAACGAAGACCACUAGUGAAUUUGUUUGGAGUCCUGAGCACGAUGCCGCAGUGGACAGGAUGAAGAAAGCAAUCACCUCUCCAAAGUCCCUGCAACACUUCAAUAGCUCAGAGCCUGUUACAAUCCAAGUGGAUGCAUCGCAGGGCGGUAUUGGAGCCGUUCUCCUCCAGGACAAAGGUCCAGUACGUAGAGUUUGCAAGCAAGCUUCUAACAGAGACGGAGGCUCGUUACUCUAA